UGUCUUUUUAAAAAAAAAGUCCAUUGUUUGUGUAUGUAUUAAUAGUUUUCAGUUACAUGGUGUGGAAGGCAAAACAUUCAUAGAUCUGCAAAACAGACAUGUUUCAUCUGUUUCAAGCCACAGAUAUUUAGAUCAUCUCUAAAAAGAAGAAAAACUUUGCAUGUUGCAUUAAUCAAAAGGAGAUAAUGCUUAAUGUGGCUUAAUGCAUCAAGACAAAUGUUUUAACUAGUUUUUAGCUCAAAUGUUAUAUAAUGUGGAGUUGUGUGUUUGUAUUGAUGGCAGACUUCUUAUUCAUGUGUUAUGAUUAUGAAUAAUGUAAUCUUAUGUUUUGCAUCUAUCAACUUCAAGAAUGAAGAAAAACUGCUUUCGUGUAAAAAACAAUAGAAAGACAUUACUGCAUGGUUAUGUAAUAUAUAAAACAAAGUGCAUUGUGAAAUAUACUCUAAAGUUUCAUAGCAUUAUAUUUGUUUUCCAAGUCUAAAAUAACAGGGUAAUUCUUCUGGCUAGUGCAGCACAGGAAUGUCCAUGUGGUACAUUGGUGCAGUUUGCAAUCCAGAUUGCGGCUGCGAAAGAGGGAGUAGAUGAUUUCUGUGCUACACGGACAGAGUGAAUGUGUUUCUUAUUGGUUAUCCACAUAAUUUCCAGUUGUUUACAACAUUGUGUUUUCACUUUGGCAGCAUUGAUUUAAGUGGUCACUAGAGUAUCAUCCUUAACCACUAGAGGGCCAGUGACCCCUCUGAGCUCCCAUGUGUCCCUUAAAGGGCCAGACUCGUCAUUGUUUCUGUCAAAGGGAAGUCUUUAACAGAGGAAAAUAAUCUGAUUGUCUUUUUCUGACAUGAUUCAGGCCUUCGCCUUUUAUGUUUGAAUGGGAAAGCUGAGAAGAAAGGCCAGUCGCCUCAGAUACCUGCCUCAAGUUACCUGUAAGACCGACAUUCCAGCAUGUGCUUCCCACUCACGCUUGCAUUUAACACUCUACGUCCAUGUCAGCCGUCGGUCUUUCUCCUGAUGGAAUGUUAUGAACUUCAGGAAAUCAGAUGCACAUAUUUCCCCCCAUUCAUGCUCAGUCCGUGCAGUUUUUUAAAAUGCUGCAUAGUUUUGCUGAAGAAUCUCUCAGGGGCGCAGCAAUAAAAGUGUCAAGUGUCUCAAGUUAUUGAAAUUCUUUCUUCCCCCGCCCUUGUCUAGAGUGAGUCAGUGGCAUCUGACUCGCUGUAUUUUUGUCUUUUCUUCUGAUCUGGAGGAGACUGUGUUAUCUCAGGUAUUUUAUCCCAUCUUAUGACGCAUUGUACCUGAUAAAGUGAUACCUGCAUGUGUUACUUUGCCAGUAUAUGGUAAGAAUCAUUCUUAGCUAUUUUCAGAAAAACAGUUCACAUUGAUGCAGAAAAUGCUUUCGGGGGUUUUUCUUUGAGAGAACUGCUUUCUGAAUGUAGCCAUUCCCGUAUUUGAGCUGUGAAGGGGGCAGAAGUGGAAGCAUUGUUGUGGAACUGCAGGAUGUCCUGAGGAAGAAGUCAGCGUUCCAUUGCAGGGGCCACUGAGCCGCCCGCCUGCAUUCAGAAGCAGAGAGGCAUGCACCAGGAGCCACGCACCUCUCACGCUCUCGUCUUCAGUGCCGUCUCCUCUGCUCACUUCGUAGCUGCGUGAACGUCAAGGAAGUCAAUAAAGAAAACAAAGACACAAUAUUUGGCGAGAUACACACAUCGAUCGAUACUUUGGCAUUCACCUUUGGCAAUGUAGUGUCUGACUUCCUUAUGGGAGAUGUGGACAGUGGCUCCAGGUUGGGGUACCCCCAAGCCAGAAGAAGUCGUUCUUUUGAAAACCUCUCUGAAGAUUCAGGAGGCUGCAAUCAAAAUGAUCUGGCAGAUCCUGCUCUGUCCCCAGAGCUGUCCACUGUGGAGCAGGUGGACCUUCUUCUGCUGAAGAAUGACAGUGGAGUAGAGUCGGCUUUGCUCUAUGCCAAGGCCUGGUCCAAAUACACCAAAGACGUGCUGGCCUGGGUGGAGAAACGCCUCAGCCUGGACAUGGAAUGUGCCAAAAGCUUUGCCAAGAUGGCAGAAUCUGCAAAGGCAGUGGCAAGUCAGCAGGACUUUAUGCCGUUCCGGGAUAUUUAUGUCUCUGCCUUUAAAAAUGAGAUUGAGUACAAUCAGGUUCUGCUCCAAACAGCUGCAGCUCUACAAACCAACAAAUUCAUACAGCCACUGCUGGCCCGCAAGAACGAUCUGGACAGGCAGAGGAAAGAAAUAAAGGAACAAUGGCAAAGAGAACUAAAGAAAAUGAGCGAGGCUGAGAGCGCUUUGAAGAAGGCUCGGCUGCUGAAGGUGCAGAAGAGGGAGGAGUACGAGAAGGCACGCAGCUCCACCAGCCGCACCGAGGAGGAGCAGCCAACAGCAGGAGGCAGGACUCUGGAGAAAAAACGGAGGGUGGAGGAAGAGGCCCUACAGAAGGCUCAGGAAGCGCAGGAGCAGUAUAAAGCCUGUGUGGCCGAUCUAGAGGCGAAGAAGGUCAGCCUGUCAAACGCUAAGAGUGAGAUCCUCGCUCAAAUUCGGAAGCUGGUCUUCCAGUGUGACCUGACCCUCAAAGCGGUGACCGUGAACUGGUUCCAGAUGCAGCAGGCUCAGACCCAGCCUCUGUCAGUCAACUACCAAGCUCUAAGUGAACAGGCCAAAAAGUAUGAGCCAGGCCAGCGCUACUCUGAGUUUGUGUGCAGCCUGCCUAAAGAGCGUGUGUGGCUGGAGUCUCUGUCUCAGGACAUCACAGCUUCCUCAAAAAUGGGAAUGUCCCCUCAUAAGAGGUCUCAGAGCAGCACCCGCUCAUCCCAUGGGAACCUGUCGCAAGGCUCUGUAACUUCUGCAGAUAACAACAGCAUAGAUGGGGUUGAGGGUAUCGUACAACCCUGCAAGGCCAAGAUCGCAGAGAGGCGGUCCAAUAGCAGUUUAGACAUGCAAGUGUUAAGGACGCAGGGCUCCCAGCGGGCCUGGAGCUCAAGUAGUGCUGGUGGAGGAGGAAUGUGCAGUGACUCAGAGAGUGCCGGAGGAAGCAGUGAGUCUCGCUCAAUGGACUCCCCCACAGCUAGUCCAGGGGAUUUCAAACGCAGGCUUCCCAGAACUCCCUCAACUGGUACCAUGUCUUCUGCAGAUGACCUGGAUGAGAGGGAACCUCCCUCACCAUUAGAUAAUGGCCUUGCUGAAAUGGUGAUGGAAACGGCCAGUUCUCCCGGCCCUUUUCGUAAUGCUCUGAUGUCAAAAGCGGCACAAACUCACAAGCUGCGGAAACUGCGAGCACCUUCCAAAUGCAGAGAGUGUGACGGGCUGGUGGUGUUUCACGGGGCUGAAUGUGAAGAGUGCUCUUUGGCCUGUCAUAAGAAAUGCCUGGAGACUCUUGCCAUUCAGUGUGGUCAUAAGAAGCUCCAGGGCAGACUGCACCUGUUCGGGAUUGACUUCGCCCAAGUAGCUAAGAACAGUCCUGACGGCAUCCCCUUCAUCAUCAAAAAAUGCACCUCAGAAAUCGAGAGUCGUGCCUUGAAUAUUAAGGGCAUUUAUCGGGUGAAUGGGGCGAAGUCUCGUGUGGAAAAGCUGUGCCAGGCCUUUGAGAAUGGAAAGGACUUAGUGGAGCUUUCUGACCUCCACCCACAUGACAUAAGCAACGUGCUCAAGCUUUACCUGAGACAGCUGCCAGAGCCAUUGAUUCUGUAUCGGUAUUAUAACGAUAUCAUCGGGCUGGCAAAAGAGACUCAGAACAUGGACGAGACUGACUCGACUAAAGAGAAAUCACCAGGAGAGAAGCUGUGCCUCAGUAUUGAGCUUAAAAGAGUCCUCUUCAAAAUCAGAGACCUCCUUCGCCAGCUUCCUGCGGCUCACUACAGAACCCUGCAGUUCCUCAUCACCCAUCUGCACAGAGUGUCAGAGCAAGCUGAGGAGAACAAGAUGACCGCUAGUAACCUAGGUAUCAUCUUCGGUCCCACACUCAUCAAGCCCAGGCAGUUGGAGGCGGAAGUGUCACUGUCCUCUCUGGUUGACUACCCCCACCAGGCCCGCAUGGUGGACCUGCUCAUCAGGCACCACCAGUUGAUCUUUGAUGUCCCCCUGAGCCCUGUCUCUCCCACCAGUCCGACAGCACCACAGCCAGCACUCAGCCGCCACUCCCGAUCUCUCAUGGAUAUCAAAGAGAGUGCAAAAGUCUACAAGAGACACUCGUCUGUGAUUACCUCUGCACAGCUGAUGGAGGAAGUGAAGGAGAUAAAGACAGGGGAUGAUAAAGCGCAAACACCUGCAGGUGAAUGCUCAGAUGUCAAUGGGGUUGGCUCAGCUCCUGUAGACGUGCAGAAAUCCACAUCUGUGUUCAGCCAGCCUGGUGCCAGCAGCCAAGUGGUGCAACUACGUCCUCAGCGCACCAAGCCAGCAUCUCGGCCCAUCAGCAUGCCUGUGGAGCGACUGCUCAACGAGCGCAACAGUCGCAACACAGAGGAGCGUGAACACUCGCCGGCUGCCAUUCAGGAGACCACUGAACCGGAAAAGCCUACGACACCACGCCUCACCAACUAUUACAGAAACCCCUUCAUCGACACACAGACGCUGAGGAGGACCUGGGACAGACAGUACAGGCAUUAUGAUGUGACGCCCAGAACUGCAAUGAUAGUGGCCAACCUGCCAUCCUCUGGUGUGCCAAAACCAUCAGAAAUUAGUGUUGUACCCCAAAGCAGCGCCAGUAGAAAAGAUGGUACAAGCCAGUCCAGCGGGGCUCCGAUAACCUUCCGAGCGCCACGGACACUGAAACCCCCUCCCGGAACAUUCUAUAGACCUCCAUCAGUAAGCCAAAUGAGGCCAUUUGACUCGCUGGCAAAAACCGUUUCAACAGCAACAACCACUACCACAGGAGCUAUAUACACAACAGCCAUUACCAUAUUUACAACAGCGGUCACAUCAACAGUUUCGACAGUCUACACAGCCGUCACGACUCCCCCAACCACACCAACAACUUCAGUGAGUAUCGCUCUAACAGCCAAGCCGACCGUUACAACAGUGAUGAGAGCUGUAUCGGGAGCAGAGGAAGGACUGUCAGAGAGCGACUCCAUCAGCCCCGCCACACUCUCUCCGCCUCAAUCUCCAAGCUCCAGCGCAGAGGAGCUCAGCCCUACAGACGCCAAACCUCUCUAUCAGAGACGCAGUCGCCGUAUGGAGGAGCUAGAGCACCGAGAGGCCCAUUUUGUUUAAAAAAAAAAAAAAAAAGCCCUGUUGAACAGAUCUCUUGUUUCGCUUGGUACAGUAUCCUAUAUGUGACACUCAGAAAGUGACUGAUUCCUCCACAGGCCUCACAAGGUCAAUUGUAAUAGUCUAGUAGAUCCGUCUACGACUUUAUGUGUAUGUAUUUGUAUGUAAACUGUCAUUUUUGUGCCAUACUGUAUAUAUGAAAAUUGUUUUAAUAUCCCUUUGAGAAAGGGCAAAAAUAUUAGGAGAGAGGUGAAACAUCUCCAUGAAAUUUUGUCUCUUUAAGCUACUAUUUGAGCCAGAAAUAUCAGCAGAGGUCCAAAACAUUUGUGACAUUCGCUUAUCCAUAAGUGAGCACUCUUUUAUGUUAUUUUCGGAUGUCAUUUCUGAACGUUUAUGCCAAAUGUGUCUUAUUCUUAUUAUCUCCUUCACUGUGAUAAGACGAGACACUUCUAUAUCAGUAAAUAAUCAGCUAUAUUAAUGUGUUAAUAAAAUCAAAAGUUCUGUGUAUUAAUUGUAUAAACUCAAAAGGAAUGUGUAUAGUAUUGUCUGUAAAUUCAUGCCAACUUGCUCAUUUUGAUGCACUUGCUAAGCCUAACGUUUUAACAUACAUUCAUCACUGCUCUUGCAUGAUGUAAUGCAGUCACUGCUGGCUGUUAUAUUUGUUAUAUAGUUCGUCUCUUGGAAUCACUCCUGCUUGUGUGUGUUUUAGGCUGCGAAAGUGCAUCUGUUUCUGUUUUAUUUCAGAGUUAUAUAUGCAUUUGUUUACAUUUUUACACAUAACCUGCUGCCAUAAACAUACAUCUAUACCAACAGUUCCUGAAGUCAUGCAACAUGUUUGCAGAUUAAAUGUUUAGUUAAAACGG